GCACUCCACUCCGGGCGGGCGAGCCCCGCCCCAACCCCGCCCCUAGCUCCCUUAUUAGCCGGGUCUACAGCCAUGGCGUCCGAGCGGCUGUCCAGCCGGCCUGCCUGUCUCCUAGUGGCCAGCGGCGCUCCGGAAGGUGUGUCAGCCCAGUCCUUCUUCCAUUGCUUCACACAGGCCAGUGCUGCCUUCAACCUACAGGUGGCCACCCCGGGGGGAAAGGCCAUGGAAUUUGUGGAUGUGACUGAGAACAAUGCUCGUUGGGUACAAGACUUCCGCCUCAAGGCAUAUGCCAGUCCCGCUAAGCUGGAGUCCAUAGAUGGCGCCCGGUACCACGCCCUCCUGAUUCCCAGCUGUCCUGGUGCCCUGGCUGACCUUGCCAACAGUGGAUCCCUGGCUCGAAUACUGCAGCACUUCCACUCUGAGAGCAAACCCAUCUGUGCCAUUGGUCAUGGUGUUGCUGCCCUGUGCUGUGCUACCAAUGAAGACAGGUCCUGGGUAUUCCAGGGCUACAGUCUGACAGGGCCUUCUGUGUACGAGCUCAUCAGGUCACCUGGCUUUGCCCGCCUGCCACUGAUCGUUGAAGACUUUGUGAAGGACUCUGGUGCUGGCUUCAGUGCCAGUGAGCCUGACGCUGUGCACGUGGUGCUGGACCGCCACCUGGUCACUGGCCAGAAUGCCAACUCCACUGUUCCUGCUGUCCAGAACCUGCUCUUCCUCUGUGGCAGCCGGAAGUAAGCUUGGAUGCUUAGAUGUCCUGGUGGCCUAUAGACAGCAGCUCAACUCACUGUGGCCUCUUCUGCUGGUCCUUACCCAAGUGGGACACUCAAGCCUCUAUCUGAACCUUGUGGAAUGCUGGAGGCCUCCAGGAAUUAAGACUUUUGGAGCAUCAGUUCUAAUGUAGAGGGAGCACCCCUCCCUCCAUUCCCAGCACACAGUAUGGACGGCAGGCCAGGCAGUCCCUGAGAACUACAGAUUGAACAUUCCAAGAAGAAUCAUACAUGGAAAGUAGUCUGCUGUGGGGGUCUUUGGAUCGGGUGUUGCUCUUCCAUGGCCUUUUGGCUAUUCCUAUCCCUUCAGCUGUUUGUGGGAACCCUGUGGAAGGGACCAACAGACUGGAGCUUGCUCUGAACUCAUCCCCCCCCAACCUACCCCCCCCGCCCUUUAUUUUCUUUUUUUUUUUUUUUUUUUAGACAGUUUUUCUGUCACCUUGGCUGUCUUGGAACUCACUUUGUAGGCCUCAAACUUAAGAGAUCCAUCUGUCUCUGCCUCCCGAGGACUGGGAUUAAACAGUGUAAAUUAAUUAUCCUAGUCCUAAACAGGCAUCAUUCUUGCUGAUAUCUGCCCUUGUUUAACUCUUGUUGGCCUGGGGUUCUGAAUUCAGUAGAGGCGUCAGCUGUCCUGUCAUGGUCCUAGGUCCUUGGAGUGGACACAGUGAUAUGACCCUGCCCCAUAUGGCAUAUGGAAAAGAAUAUUAGUCUUACACUUUGAGAUCCUCUGUCCAGUGGCCUCACUUACAGAAGCCUCAGCCCAGGUAUUUCUCUGCUCCUAGAAGGAAUUGGUCACAGGUUGGCUUGAGCUGUAUGGAGCAGGGGUAGCCAUGAACCCUGUCUCCCAGAGCCUGGACAGGCAUUUGUUGAGGAACUGAUAGGGCCAUGUGGCCAUCGCCUUUCUGGAUAUGUUUGUUUGCUGUCAAUCCUGGGGCACUUGGCCUGGACUGUACUGUCCAGUGGUGAGCAGCCUCUAGCCCUAGAAUAGAGCCUUCCAAGUGACUUGGACCUCUUAACUUCCAUCUCCACUUAACUUUGCAUAUCCUAAGCUCCAGAGUAGCACCAGUGCCAGAGACCUGGAGGAAUACCUUUUAUAAUUUUUUUUUGAGACAGUUUCCCUGUGGACUUGCCUUGUAGACCAGGCUGGCCUUGAACUCAUAGAGAUCUGCUUGCCUCGUCACUGGAUUCUUCCUUGGCCUUGCACUGUCCCCAUGUGCCAUGAACACUAUGUGAUGAUGGGUAAAACCUUAAAAAUCUGAGGCUGUGCCCUAGUCUUGGCUGGUUCAGACAUGGGCUUGAAGUUCAAGGUGUGUGCCAGGUAUGUCUGGUAAAGGCUUCCUGGCUCAGUCUUCUUCUUACUUGGCAGGAAGGGGUAGGUGCUCUCUGGAACCUCUUCAGAGGUCACUGAUUACUUCAUGAAGCCAAAGCCCCACUUACCACCAUCACUUUGGAGGCAAGGUUUCAGCAUGAAUAAGGGGACAGCUUCAGGCACUGGGAGGUGAUACCAUUGCUGAUGGGGUUUGAGUUUCUAUUUGGCUGGCUGUACAUGAGCUUCGGGUUUUGUGUGUGUGUGUUUUGUUUUUUUUUGUUUUGUUUUGACACAGGGUCUCUGUAGCCCUGGCUGUCCUAGAGCUGUCGUUUGGAGACCAGGCUGACCUUUGCCUCCAUAGUGCUAGGAUUAAAGACAAGUGCCACUGCCGCCUGGUGAGCUUCAUGCUCUGACCGUGCCAGGCCUCUGUUCCAAGGGCCUUCCCACUGCCCAAACCUAGUACUUUGAUGCCUGGAAUCCAGUGAAAGGAGAAAACUAACACCUGGCCGGCUUUAGUGGCGCACGCCUGUAAUCCCAGCACCUGGAGGCAGAGGCAGGCGGAUCUCUGAGUUGGAGGUCAGCCUGGCCUACAAAGAGAGUCCAGGACAGCCAAGGCUACACACAGAAACCCUGGCUCAAAAAAAAAAACAAAAAUUAAAAAUAAGUUUUUAAAAAUAAAAUUACAAAAAAAAAAAAAAAAAGAAGCAACAACACCUGAAAGUUCUCUGACUUCCAUAUGUUUAUGUCCUGAUGUGUGUGCCCAUUUACACAAACACAAUAUUUAGGGUUUUUGUUUUUUUGAGGUUGAGGCUCAAGCCCCAUUGCUAAUAUAGGCCUUUUCUCCUGGCUGAAAGUGGGUAGAAUACUUGUGAAAGUGUGAACCUAGAGGUACUGGGUUACAGACGCUGCAGAUCUGGGGAAUGGGCCUGGGAAGUUGCCCCAUCCUCCUCCUCCAAUAGGGGUCCGUUUCAUCAGAGCUUAAUGCCUCUGAGAGGCAGAUCAUAGGGUUCAGGAGCCCAUGCUCAGCAGAGAAGGGCAGCACUAGCCCUAGGCAGGCCCAGGGUCUUCUUGUUUUGUUGACCAGCCUAACCCUUCCUGCUGUACCUGUUCCCUUAGUGUGGCCUCACCUAAGUGCUAGGAAAACACAGGCUACUCAGUGAUGCCAAUUAGUACCUAUUCUAACCUGGAUUGCUCAGUUGUUUUUUUUUUUUUUAAUUAUUUUAAGACAGGAUUUCAUUUCUCACUGUGUAACCCUGGUUGGCCUUGGACUCAGAUUCACCUGCCCCACUAUGUCCCCUUGUUUUUCCAUACAGGGUUUCCCUGUUUAACAGCCUUGGCACUCUUAGAACUCACUCUGCAGGCCAGGCUGGCCUCAAAAUCAGAGAUCCACCUGCCUCUUCCUCCUAGAGUGCUGAGAUUAAAGGAAUGUGCUACCACACCCAGCUUUUGAAUUUUUAUUUUAUUGGUUUUUCAAGACAGGGUUUCCCUUUGUAGACCUGGCUGUCCUGAACUCACUCUGCAGACCAAGCUGGCCUCAACCUCAGAGAUCUAUGUGCUUCUGCCUCCUAAGUGCUUGGAUUAAAGCGUGCAUCAUAAGUGUCUCCCUUA